AAAACACCGACGUGUAUUUUUUCGCUUUCGUUUACAGUUAUGCCGACAAUAAUGAGUAGGACAGAGAGAAAUAGUUACGACGAGGAGGGAGGAGUGAAAAGUGAGGAAGUAAAUUCUGGAGAACUAAAGAAGAAGAAAAAGAAAAAAGAAUACAAACUUUGCAAUUGGAUACGUGGAGCAUUCUUGCUUUGCUUUGGUUGCUUUUGGGGGUCAAAAGAUGAUUCUGAUUCUACAUCGGUUCAUAACUUUGGGGACGCGGACAAAACUGGAGGGGAUGAUAUUAGCCUUGCAUCGACAAAUUCUUUGCAAUUUCUUCAUGGCAAGAAGAGAAAAACAAAGAAAACCAUAAAGGAUAAUAAAUAUGAGGGACUACCAAUGAUGACAGCAGACAGAACCUAUUCAUUUGAGAAUCUCCCUGGCGCCGUAUUUGACGAAAAAGAAUUGGUUGUGUCUAAGAUCCAGGGAAAAGCGAGACUUCGAAGACCUAAGACAGCACCAGCUAAUCGAAGAGAACCUUCGAUAAGACAUUUUCUACCGGUUGCAUUUUGGACACCAGUCAACAUAAAACAGGGCGAGAUUUAUCAAAUUAAUCGUAAGCUUCCGGACUUGAAGCUGCAUAUGCAAUCAUGCAUCGAGGCAAGAAAGGUCCAGGGUAGACGCUUGAAACCGCUGAAAGUGCCACAUACAAGUAGAUACAAGAACCUUGGGCAGGACAAGGCCAGAACAAUGAGACCAAAGACUGCACCUUCUGCUCGGGAACGAAAACCGUAUUUACCACCGGUGUCAUUUUGGACUUCAUUUGAUAUCCAGAGAAAGGAUAUAGACAAGAUAAACCAUGAUCUACCCAAUUUGCAGGAAUGUGCCAAAGCUCGCCCAAAAUCACGAAGGAGCAAGAGAAAACGAAAAGCCAGAAGGACAACAUCGGGGGAAGAACAAAAGAUUGAAGAUGGUGUGAAGGCUACGCUUGCAAACUUGGUCGACCAAGUUGUGAUGAUGGAAGAAAUCAUAAGUGACGUGUCUGAGGUCAUGAAUUCCAUGUUGGAUGAAAUCACUCAGGAUGAAGAUAUUCGUGAUAUAUUGGAAAGUCCCGUUGAUUUCUAGUUUCAGCAAUCAUGUCAAAUCUUUUGUGAGGUUAAAUCUGAAGUUCAAGCUCGUCAGACUCGUAUUUUUAAUUUGAAAUAUUUCUGUUCCAUUUUGCUUUAUUUUUCAAAUAAAACCUAAAAAAUGGGAGC